AUGGCAAACGAUACUUCUAGUUGUGAUUUUCAUAACAAACGACUUGGUCUUUUAAAAGAUCAAGUUCAUUUGGUGAAAAGGAAAGAUUCUAAUCGCUAUGAGAUUGCUGCCAUACAAGAUCAACUAUCAUUUGAGAAGGGUUUUUUUAUAGUCAUUCGAGCAUGCCAGUUGUUAGCACAAAAGAAUGAUGGGAUAAUAUUGGUUGGGGUGGCGGGUCCUUCGGGAGCAGGGAAGACUAUAUUUACGGAAAAGAUACUCAACUUCAUGCCCAGUGUUGCUGUUAUUUCUAUGGAUAAUUAUAAUGAUGCUAGUCGAAUUGUGGAUGGAAACUUUGAUGAUCCACGCUUAACUGACUAUGACACAUUGCUCCAGAAUUUACAAGAUUUAAAGGAAGGAAAGACAGUCCAAGUUCCGAUAUAUGAUUUCAAGUCCAGUUCACGCGUAGGAUACAGGACUGUAGAACCCCCGACUUCCAAUAUUGUGAUUAUAGAAGGUAUCUAUGCCUUGAGUGAGAAGUUGCGAACUUUGCUGGAUCUUCGAGUUUCUGUUACAGGUGGAGUUCACCUUGACCUUGUAAAGCGAGUUAUACGUGACAUACAACGUGCUGGCCAAGAGCCUGAAGAAAUUAUUCAUCAAAUAUCUGAGACGGUAUAUCCAAUGUACAAGGCUUUCAUUGAGCCAGAUCUCAAGACGGCACAUAUAAAAAUCACCAACAAAUUUAAUCCAUUUACUGGAUUCCAGAGCCCGACUUACAUAUUAAAGUCAGCAAAGAAUGUAGCAGUUGAUCAAAUUAAAGCUGUUCUCUCUGAAGAUUGUCAGGAAACAACCGAGCAAACUUAUGAUAUAUAUCUUCUACCACCCGGUGAAGACCCAGAAACAUGCCAAUCAUAUUUAAGGAUGCGAAACAAGGAUGGGAAAUACAGUCUCAUGUUUGAGGAAUGGGUGACAGACAAUCCCUUUGUGAUAUCGCCGAGAAUUACUUUUGAGGUUUGUGUGAAACUAGAUUGGCUUGAGCAACUUAAUCGACAUUAUGUUCAGGUACAAGGGAAAGAUCGCUUAGUUUUGAAAGAGAUUGGAGAUCAGCUGGGUCUAGAAGGUUCCUACAUUCCUCGUACUUACAUCGAGCAAAUUCAACUUGAAAGGCUUGUGAAUGAGGUUAUGGCUCUGCCAGAUGAUUUGAAGACAAAGCUCAGCCUAGAUGAGGAUUUGGUUUCAAGCCCCAAAGAAGCACUUUCUAGAGCCUCUGCUGACAGGGUUGCGAUGAGAAAUGAGAAUAUGAGGAGUGGAUUGUCACAGUCAUAUACAAAUCAAAGGGACAAAAAUGCAGCCAAAGUUAAUGGAUAUUUUACCAACAAUCGAGGGUUUGGUGAAAGAAAUUCAGAUUCCUCCACAACACAAUUAAAUCAGAGAGCCAUUAGUCAGCUUUCAGAACAGAUUUCUGCCCUCAAUGAUAGAAUGGAUGAAUUUACAAAUCGCAUUGAAGAGCUGAAUAGCAAGCUGACCAUUAGAAAUAAGUCUCCAAGCCAACAAAAUAUGUUAGCUCAAGCCGAAGCCUGCAAUGGUUCUGCUCCCACGUCUUACUUCAUCAACAGUUUGGGCAAUGGUAGCAUAACUGGUUAUAAGAUGCCACAUUCUUCAUCUACAUCCCAAUUAAAUAAGGAGUCUCCCUUGAUAGAUGAGAUAUCAGGCAUUACACGUGGCCAGCGUCAGAUCAUGCAUCAAAUGGACAAUCUAAAUAAUCUUCUUCGGGGUGGUUUAGGGGAAAGGUCUCCGCAAACAAGAAUCAACAACAAGAGCAUAGUUACAGAUUUGAAUUAUAUUGGAGCAAGUAUUGUAGUGGUAGUCGCAGUUGGUUGUUUGGGGAUCUUUUUGAGGCGAAAGUGA